AUGGACGCCGUCGCGCCGCUGGAGCCCGAGCGCGUGCCGCUCGUGCGCAAGAGCGUGUACCACGGCACGACGGCUCCCGCUUUAGGCCGCGUGCUCGCGUCGCGGGUCGUCGCCGACGCGCCGCACCCGCCCUUCGCGGCGGCGAUCAGCGACGGCUACGCCUUCCAGGCGAGCGGCCAGGUCAUGAAGCUGCGCCUCGAGGACCGGCCCGCGCUCUGCGGCGCGCCGUUCAGCGGCCGGCCGCUCGGGAGCAUGGACUGCUGCUACGUCGCCACGGGCGCGCCCCUGCCGAAUCUGGCGGACUGCGUCGCCAAGGAGGAGGACUGCGAGGUCAGCGCGGGCCAGAAGACCGUCGUCGUGCCCGCGCUGCCGCCCCGGACCGACGUGCGCGUCCCCGGGUCCGACUGGGACGCCGGCGACGUGCUCUGCGAAAAGGGGGCCGUCGUGGCGCCCGCGGACCUGGCCAUCUUGGCCGCCGCGGGACACCACGAGGUCGCGGCGCACCGCCUGCCCAAGGUCGUCGUCUUCUCCACGGGCGACGAGCUCUGGUCCCCCGAGGCGGGACACAAGUACGACCAGAGGACCAUGGUCCGCGACGCGAACCGCUACGGGCUGAUCGGCCUCCUCGGCGGCCACGGCGAGGGCCAGGCCGGCGCCGAGGUCCACGACGGCGGCAUCGUCGAGGACAAGGAGUUCGCGCUCCGGAGCGCUUUACGGGAAGCCGUCAAGCACUACGACGUCGUCGUCACGACGGGCGGCGCGUCCGUCGGCCGCGCGGACCACGCCAAGGCCGUGCUCGAGGCCGCGGACCGCGGAACCGUCCACUUCGGGCGGCUCCACAUGAAGCCGGGGAAGCCGACGACCUUCGCGACGCUCGACGCCGGGUCCUUCGACAAGGACGAGAAGGGCCGCGAGAAGCGCUGGCUCUUCGCGCUCCCCGGCAACCCCGUGUCGGCCCUCGUGACGGCGCAGCUCCUCGUCGUGCCCGCGCUGAAGCGCCUCAAGGGCUUCGGCGAGGCCGCGGCGUGCCCGACGGAGGUGCGGCUGGCCCUGGACCACGACCUGCCUUUAGACGGCGCGCGGCCCGAGUACCACCGCGUGUCGCUCGAGUACCGCGACGAGGGCGACGGCGGUAGCGACUGGUCCGCGGCGCCCUACCGCUUCCGGCGCGCCGCGGGCAGCCUCGCCGCGACGUCGACGGGCAACCAGCGGAGCUCGCGGCUCCUGUCCAUGCGCGGCGCGCACGCGCUCGCGUGUGUGCCCGAGCGGGGCCGCGCGCCGCUCGUCGCCGCGGGGGCGGGCAAGGCGCUGCCCGCGGGCACGGCCGUGCCGGGGCUGCUGCUCGGCCCCUGCCCGCCCCUCGUGCCCGAGUCCGACGCGCCGUUCCUCCUCGGCGGCGACCGCGCGCGGAAGCGCGACGCGCUCGUCGCCGCGGAGGCCGACGCCGCGGGCGCGCCCAAGGUCGCCGCCGUCGCCGUCGUCAGCGGCGCGGGCUUCGCCGAGAGCGAGCUCCGCGCCCACGUCGUCACGCGCGUCGACGCGGCCAACGCCGCGGCCGCGGUCAUCGCGCGGUCCUGUGCCGAAUUCAACCACUGGUUUGGGUGGUCCUGA